AUGAAAAGUCCCACCGUGCACAGUAUUAUCGCUUUACUCUCUAAGAGCAACGAUGAUGGCUUGCAGCCAUCUUACAAUAUAUCAUUACUUUUAGCGAAAUCUGUAAAAUCGCAAACUAUUGGAGAACAUUUAAUUUCACCUGCUGUUGAAGAAGAUUUGAAAACUGCUCUAAACAAAUCUUCAUUUGACAUAUUCAAAAGAAUUUCUUUGAGCAACAACACUGUACAAAGACCUAUUGAUGAAAUGAGUUUCUUGUGUGAUUAUCUGCAAACAACUCAUUUUUCUACUCAAAUGGACAAGUUAACUUCACCUGGCAAUGAAGCAUUAUUAUUGGCAUAUGUUCGAUUUGUUAUGGGUGAAAAAAUUAACGAACAGAUACUCGAACACUAA